CUCACCACACUUCAAUCCGUUUCAGAUAACUGCGAAUAUGCAGCUAAUUCACGCUCUUAUUUCUUCGUCUCUGCUGCUGGGUAGCGCACUAGCAAGUGUCGGAACACAACAGGUGCUCGGCAUUCCGCAAGAAAAAUCGAACGCAACCCGUCCUGUGUAUGCUAUCGCCCAUCGAGUGUUGAUGACGACUGGCAUCUGGGACGCCUUGAACGAUGGCGCAAACGCGCUUGAAAUCGACAUGAUGCCCAACAAAAACGGUUGGAACGCGCAACAUGACGGAGCAGCCGGCAGGGGCGACACGGCAGAUCUUAUGUUCAAAACCAUUGCCGAAGCGCGUUCUCAAGGAAGAACCGUCACCUUUGUCUGGCUUGAUCUGAAGAGCCCGGAUUGGUGUCUCCUCGAACAUGGACCAAAAUGGAAACACUGCACUAUCCAAGCACUCCGCGACCUGGCAGCGAAGUACCUAGAGCCCGUUGGCGUCAAGGUGCUAUAUGGAUUUUACAACGGAAAGGAGAAGGCGUUGGCGUCCAUCGCACCGAAUCUGAAGAGCUUCGAAGCAAUCAACAUGAACGGCGAGGCGCAAGAAUGCCUAGACGCGUUCGAUAAAGUAGCGACCAAUGUCGGCCGCUCAAAACUCAUUAUGUCCUACGGCUUCUUUGCCUUGUCCGCCGCUUUCGGCAACUGCCACGAGACGGGCUACAAAACGUGCACCGAAGUGAGGAAGGGAUACGAAAUGAAUAAGUUCGGCAAAGUCUUCGGGUGGACGAGUCUGCGGGGCCAUGCUUGGUACGUGGACAAGCUGUUUGCGGAAGCCGGUGUUGAUGGAAUGAUUUAUGGAUUCAAACUCAAUCACUACGUGGGUAGCGAGGCGACGAAGGAGGCGGCCACGGAUAUCUUGAAUUGGGCGAAGAAUCACUCUCGGACGCAUCAUGUUGCUACUUUAGCUGAUGCCCCCUGGUGAUGGAAAUACGGAACUCAGACACCCACAUACUAGAGCAUUGACACCACAUUUGCAUUGUCUUUCUCCCGUACUGUUAAGUUGGAAGCUCAGAGUCGUCGUACAAUGCAAUAACUUAGUGCAAGCAGCCAGGGAUCGCCUA